CAGACAGAACUACCUACGUAUACCGCGAUUGCUCUGGCCGGAAGAGAAAGGUGCAGCUCUUAGAAGGCUCCCCUCCUAGUUCCUGCGUCUCCGCUGUUGCUGUCGCGGACGUAGGAGUGGAUACCUGAAAGCUUCCGCGGCUCUGGGUUGUGAGAUGCCGGGCGGCGGUCACUGCCCCGAUUGCGGGUCCACUGAGCUCGUGGAAGACUCGCACUAUUCGCAGAGCCAGCUGGUGUGCUCAGACUGUGGCUGCGUGGUCACCGAGGGGGUCCUUACUACCACCUUCAGCGACGAAGGCAACCUCCGAGAAGUAACCUAUUCCCGAAGCACAGGGGAAAACGAACAAGUUAGUCGCAGCCAGCAACGAGGUCUCCGCCGAGUGAGAGACCUCUGCCGAGUCCUGCAGUUGCCAUCGACAUUUGAGGACACAGCAGUUGCCUACUACCAGCAGGCCUACCGGCACUCUGGAAUCCGUGCUGCCAGGCUGCAGAAGAAGGAGGUGUUAGUUGGGUGCUGUGUCUUAAUCACCUGCCGGCAGCAUAACUGGCCCCUCACCAUGGGAACCAUCUGCACCCUGUUGUAUGCAGAUCUGGAUGUGUUUUCUGGCACCUACAUGCAGAUAGUGAAGCUCCUGGGGCUGGAUGUGCCAUCUCUGUGCUUGGCAGACCUGGUGAAGACUUACUGCAGCAGCUUCAGACUGUUCCAAGCUUCCCCAUCCGUGCCAGCCAAAUACGUGGAAGACAAAGAGAAGAUGCUGUCGCGCACACUGCAGUUGGUGGAGCUGGCGGAUGAGACGUGGCUGGUGACCGGGCGGCAUCCCUUGCCCGUCAUCACUGCUGCUACCUUCCUGGCUUGGCAGUCGCUGCAGCCUUCAGAGCGUCUGACGUGCUCCCUUGCCCGGUUUUGUAAGUUGGCAAAUGUGGACCUGCCCUGCCCUGCUUCCUCCCGCCUGCAGGAGCUGCUGGCUGUGCUGCUGCGGAUGGCUGAGCAGCUGGCCUGGCUGCAGGUGCUGAGGCUCGACAGACGGUCUGUGGUGAAGCACAUCGGCGACCUCCUGCAGCACCGCCACACGUUGGUCCGCAAGGCCUUUCGAGACGGACCGGCAGAGUCGGAAGCCGGGGAGGAGGAGCGGCAGGCACGGGGCCAGGGGCCAGGGCAGGGAAAAGAGGAGGUGGCGAGUAGGUCCUUAGAUCUGCCCGAGGGCAAGCGGCCAGCCAGUCCUGCCCUUCUCCUCCCACCUUGCAUGCUGAAGCCCCCAAAGCGGGUCUGUCCCCCACCCCCUAUCUCCACGGCCACCGGAGAUGAGGAUAUUUCUGACAGUGAAAUAGAGCAGUAUUUGCGUACCCCUCAGGAAGUUAGGGACUUUCAGAAAGCUCAAGCUGCAAGACAGGCUGCCACGGGGGUUUCUAACCCCCCCUGAUGUGCAUCUGAGGGAGCACUCCCACCAUUCGGACAGCAGCUUGAUCAUAGGCCUGUCCUAUCCGGAGAAAUAAGUGUAUGUGAGUCCUGAGGCAGGUUUGUUUUUUUUGUUUUGUUUUGUUUUCCUUGUUUGAAGGAACCAAGGGACUCUGCAGUUAAUUGGACCCUGGGUCCUAGAGUAGAAGUCAGGAGCGAUGCAGGGACAACUGGGUUGGAGAGAAUCCCAUCCCUGAGAGGAAGGUGCACACAUUCAUAUUAUGAGGGAUGGCUUCCCUCCUAGACUGGCUGGAGAAUGUCAGGCUUUCUUCUGGUUUGGCUUUGGGUACACUGCUGCUGCAGGCCUCAUGGGCCCUCCCUGCUGGUGUGGAGCGGUUGGCGUUGCGAAUGCAAUCAGCCCUCAGCGAAUGGGAACUGGGCACCUCUUGAUCCUGCAUCCGUCUACAGGCAUGGGUGGUUUCUCAUGUACAGGGGUCACAGAAUCCUCUACCUCAUAACAAAAGGACCGUGGGUGGACUAAAGUUAUAUAGCUCAAAGGGCUUUGCAAAAUUUUAAUAUAUUAAAACAAGAGGCAUCUGCUAGAAAACAUUCUAUUGUAUAAAACCCGAGCUUUUAAAAACAUGUUUUCUUUGGCACUUUUCAUCCCCUCCCUCCCUUUUCCCCAGCGUAUUGCAAAAAGCUCUCCAGUGCUAAGGCAUUGGCAGGGUAUGUAAACAGCCAGCGUACGUGGAAGAAUAAUACGAAGCUUUUUUUUUUUUUUUUUUUGUCUAAUAUUGUCUGUGCAGCAAGCAUAAAUAACAGGAUUCAUCCCAA